AUGCAAGAUAAUGCACCUAUUCAUAAAGCCAAAAAGGUCACGGAGUGGCUUGAUAUCAAUGGAAUAACUGUGAUGGAAUGGCCACCAUUUUCGCCGGAUUUGAACCCUAUCGAAAACCUAUGGUUUGAGCUCAAAUGCCUGGUUAACGCGAUCGAUCCAGAGCUUCAGUACACAACAGGAGACUCGCAAGAGACUCUCGAUCGAUUUGCAAGUGCUAUUUCAAGGGCAUGGGCGAGUAUCGAUAGGAAGAAGAUCAAGAAUGCUGUCAAGUCGAUGGAUGAGAGAGUCAACGCUGUCAUUGAAGCUAAGGGCUGGUAUACGCGAUUUUGA